UUCGGUCGCGCCCACUACGUCUCGGUCGCGCUCGGUAUUUUGGCCCUCGGAGCGCUCCGUAGAGCAGGAAGAUUGAAGCGGCGCCGGUUCGAGUAUUUGGAGAUGUCGGAGUUACCGAAGAGAACGAGAAGGCCCACAGCCGCCCCUAAGCUGGAGAUGUCCUUCCUGAGUGCGAUGUCAGACACAGAUGAGGACUCUCAAGAGGAUGAGGAAGAAUGGAAGCCGGAGGCAAAGGCCCCUCCAGCAAAAAGACAAGCCAAGAAAACGAAGGAGCCAACCGAGAAACCUGCUCCCAAACCACGCAAGGCUCCGGCUGCUCCCAAACCACGCAAGGCUCCGGCUGCUCCCAAACCACGCAAGGCUCCGGCUGCUCCCAAACCACGCAAGACUGCUGCCAAAAAAACUACCAAAACGUCCGUUCCUGGUAAUGAAGAACCUGGAAUAACAUCUGAGAGUAUAUUCAGCGACACAUCAACAUUUCCGGGGAUAACCAUUAAAGAAGAGAGAAAGUCAAUAUCUGUAGAGCAGUCCAUCAAGGAGGAAAAGCCGAAGAAAAGAAAAGUGGGUUCAGGAACGCCUAAAGCAAAGCCAACUAGGGUGAAGGCGGAGAGGAUGAGUCUCGGCAUUGAUGAAUUCCCCGCUACCAGCAGCAGCGAUAUGAAUAUCAAUUUGAAGACGGAGAGAAGAUCCGAAGAGGAGGAAGAAGAACCUCCAGAUGACUUCUCAUUUGGUCCACCGGCCAAAAAACUCAAGACGUCAGACGCUGCAGGGAAGCCGGUGAAAUUGAAGGGCUCAGGCCAAGAAAGCACUGAGAUGAACUGGGACACUGUAGAGAUUCUGGCGGAGCGCACCAAUGUGGAGCCCUGGGUUUGCGCUAAUCUGAUCAAGCUGUUCAAGGAUGAGAACACCAUUCCAUUUAUUGCCCGCUACAGAAAAGAGCUCAUCAACAAUCAUGAUGCCGAUGUACUGCGAGAAAUACAGCAAGGCUUGGAAGAAUUGAGGUCUGUAUCUAGAAAAGCUCACUCUCUGCUAGAGAAGCUGAGGAAAGAAGGGAAGCUGAAUGCCGGCCUACACAAUGAGAUGCUAAACUGCAGGACCUUGGAUGAAAUUGAACAUGUGUACGCACCUUAUAAAACUGGAAGCAAAGGAACCAAAGCGCAAAGAGCCAGACAGCUUGGACUGGAGCCCGCCGCCAAAGCUCUGAUUGAAAACCCUCAGCAGCUGAACCUGCAUAUGUAUAUAAAGCCGGACACGGAAGGUUUAUUCGUAAUUCAAGAAAUUGAGACGGGAGUGCAGCACAUUCUGGCAGACAUGAUUGCGAAAGACAAAGACACGCUGGAUAACAUUAGAAACCUGUGUCAACAAAAUUACGUCACUAUCAAUUCGACAUUGGCUAAAGCUUCAGGCAAGGAGAAGGAAAAAGAAGGAAAUGUAAAAGACGUGGACAAGUUUCAUUUGUAUCACAACUUUUCCUGCAACAUAAAUAGAAUUCAACAUCACCAAAUUCUGGCCAUUAACCGUGGGGAAAAUCUAAAAAUCCUGACAGUAAAGGUCACCAUUCCUGACAGGGUGAAGGAUUUGUUCUGUAGGUGGUGUGUCAAUGAAAGGUGGAGACCAAAGCAGUUUGCGAGGCCGGAGUUUAUGACAAUUCUGCGGAAUUCUGUAGAAGAUUCCUACAAGCGCCUGAUUUAUCCUCUUCUCUGCAGAGAGUAUCGAUCCAAACUAACCUCCGAUGCAGAAAAGGAAUCUAUAAUGAUGUUUGGAAGAAACCUACGCCAGCUGCUCCUCGCAGGCCCUGUCAGAGGGCGAACAAUAAUGGGUGUGGAUCCAGGGUAUAAGCACGGCUGUAAGCUAGCCAUCAUUUCACCCACCAACCAGAUCCUUCAUACGGAUGUUGUAUAUUUGCACACGGGACGUGGCGCCUCGAUGCACGAUGCUGAGAAAAUUAAAAGACUUCUCCUGAAUUCCAACUGUUAUACAAUUGCCAUCGGGAAUGGAACAGCAUGCAGAGAAACCGAGCGCUACUUUGCUGACCUGAUCCAGAGGAGAUUUUUUGCACCCCUUAAUGUUGCCUACUGCAUUACAAAUGAAGCUGGUGCAUCCAUCUAUAGUGUUAGUCCAGAUGCUGCCAAAGAGAUGCCAGACCUAGAUCCCAAUCUGAGGAGUGCAGUUUCCAUAGCGAGACGGGUACAAGAUCCAUUAGCUGAGCUGGUGAAAAUUGAGCCUAAACACAUUGGCGUCGGGAUGUACCAGCACGAUGUCUCGCAGGUGCUCUUGAAAGGCACUCUGGACAGUGUGGUGGAGGAAUGUGUCAGCUUUGUAGGGGUGGAUAUCAACAUCUGCUCUGAAACUCUGUUGAGGCAUAUUGCUGGUUUAAACUCGGUACGGGCAAAGAACGUAAUUGAAUGGCGAGAAAUGAAUGGACCGUUUUUAAACAGAGAGCAGCUGAAGUGCGUGAAGGGGCUGGGUCCAAAGACCUUCCAGCAAUGUGUCGGAUUUAUCCGAAUUAACCAGGAAUAUGUCAAGAACCUGGGCAGGGACCGAAAAGCAGAUGAGAACUCGAAUAUUUCUGGACCCGGUUCACAAUCAUCCCACAUCACUGCUCCCAAACAGGGCAAAAAAACUGCUAAAUCUGCACUCAAUGUUCCAGCCAAGCCAAAUCCACUGGAUCAGACUUGUAUUCAUCCUGAGUCGUACAGCAUAGCAGCAAGAUUAUUGAGCCUCGUGAGUGGAAGUGCUGAAGACAUUGGAUCAGAAAAAAUCCAAAGGCAAAUUAAUGACUUCGUCCAAAGAGAAGGGAUUGAUAAAUUAUCUGAGAAGCUGAAGACGACUGUGCUCACAUUGCAGCUAAUUAUAGACGGUCUCUGCCAACCUGAAGGCUAUGACAUUCGUACAGCUUUUGAUCAAUCUGAUUUCAAGACCAAUAUCGUCAGCAUGGAAGACCUAAAGAUUGGAACUAUUCUUACUGGGAAGGUUGAAAAUGCCACAUUAUUUGGAGUUUUUGUGGACAUUGGUGUAGGAAAAGCUGGGCUAAUUCCAAUGCGAUAUAUAACAGAGGAUAAACUCUGCAAGGAGAAAAGACGGAGAAGUCUUGGGCUUGGACCUGGAGAGCGUGUAGAGGUUCGAGUUUUAAACGUUGAUGUUCGACAGUCAAGAAUUUCACUUGAACUUUUGCGGGUUUUAAAAUGAAGUUUGGCUGACUCAGUAGAUGCACUGUUUUUACAUAUGAAGUGCCUUUUUUUUUUUUUUUUUGUAUCCCCAGCCGGGGAAUACAUUGAUACAAAAAAGGUUGUGUUAGUAAUAGUUAUUUUCAAAUUAUGACCAGACUGUUCUGAUUAUGUCUGUGGUUAUUUUUUAUGUUUUAGUUAUUUUAAUAAUAGUUGUCGUCAAUUAAUACCUUUAACUUUGAAAUGUAUGAAAACAUGUAUGAAAAAAAAAGAUGAACAAUUCAAACACCUAUUUGAAGGAGUUUCUAGAUUGUGCAAU